AUGGUCCCCGAACCCGCCAUGUCGCAUCCCGCCUCAGAAGACACAUUGAGAAGAUUUGAAUCCAACGCCACACACAACAAUUAUGCGUAUCCCAUGUGGCGCAAGUGCCUCGUCGUCUUCGUAACCAGCUGGAUGGCCCUAGCCGCAACAUUCAGCAGCACCUCCCUAUUCACCGCAGCGGAUGAGAUCGCCCAAGAGUUUUCCACAACGGCGGUGGAAGUCAACAUCUCAAGUGCUGGAGUUCUCCUUGCAAUGGGGUUCUCGUCGUUCAUCUGGGGUCCUAUUGGCAGUACCAUCGGGAGACGAUCCUCCUACAAUGCCUGCAUUAUUGUCCUAUUUCUCUUCACAGUUGGCGCGGCCGUGGCACCAAACAUGCCAACUUUUGCGGCUAUGCGGGUGUUGUCCGGGCUGCAAGGAACUUACUUCCAUGUUGUGGGACAAGUUAUCCUGGCCGAGUGCUUCCCUCCGACCCAACGGGGAACCGCAACAGGCUUCUUUCUCGCUGGCACAGUCCUCGGACCGCCACUAGGGCCUUGUGUCGCCGGCAUCAUCGUUAUGUUUCAAGACUGGCGUGUCGUCCUCUGGUUGCAGGCGGCGAUGGUGGCGCUCGGCGCUGUCCUGUCGAUGCUGUUUCUUCCAUCCAGCAGAACCAAAGAUGACACCUCCAAGCGUGCUGCGUCUGUUCGCGAAACGGUGGGCCAUUUCAGCCCCAUACACGUGUUCAAACUGAUGGCAUAUCCGAACAUUCUACUCACUGAUUUGACCUGCGGGCUGUUGAGUUGGUCCCAAUACUCACUCCUCUCCGCACCUCGUCACCUCAUCAGCACCCGGUUCCACCUCACGUCUCCGCUACUCUCCGGCCUCUUCUACAUCGCCCCGGCGGGAGGGUUUCUCCUUGGAACAAUUAUUGGAGGCAGAUACUCGGACCUCACAGUUCGGAAAUGGAUAACCAAGCGCGGCGGCGUCCGACUCCCGCAGGACAGGUUGAACAGCGGCAUGAUAGCAUUUUUCCUCCUGAUACCGGCUGCUUCCCUCGUGUAUGGCUGGGGUUUGGAGUGCACGAGUUGCUCUGUCGGCGGACUGGCUUUGCCGAUUGUGACGGGCUUCUUUAUUGCUGCAGGGUUAUUGGCUGCGUUUGCUAGUCUCAAUACCUAUUCUGCGGAAGUACUGCCUCGCAAGCGGACAGAAGUGAUCACUGGUAAAUACUGCAUCCAAUACACCUUUGGAGCAUGUGCGAGUGCCGCAUCUGUUCCCUUAAUUGACGCCAUCGGCAUUGGGCCAGCAUCUAUGAUCGGCGUGGUUUUUGUACUUGCGGGUGGCGCGCUUACUCUCCUGACGGCAAAACAUGGCAUGGCCAUGCAGGAUUGGAUGGACGAACGAUCAAAACGUCAAGCCGGAUCUCAGAGGCCGCGCUUCCACAAGACCUGGCCCAAGGCCUUGUUUAAGACACAAGGACGAGCGUCGUAG